AUGGCCGUCUCCAACUUCACCCAAGAUGAGCUCGACGAGAUAUAUGCCUUUGCCGUAGAUCUCGGCCGCAAGGCAGGCGACCUGCUGAUGGAGCGGAUAGAACAGCGUAUCUCUGGUAGUGAGGGCCAUUCCCAGAAGUUCGAGGAGAAAGAUAGCUCGGUCGAUAUUGUGACGCAGACAGACGAGGAUUUGGAAGUUUUUAUUCGAAAUGCGAUUCAAAAGAAAUACCCUGAUCACAAAUUCCUCGGCGAGGAGACAUAUGCCAAAGGAGAGUCGCGCGACUACCUGAUCGACGAACACCCAACAUGGUGCAUUGAUCCCCUAGAUGGCACCGUGAACUACACCCACCUGUUCCCCAUGUUCUGCAUCUCCAUCGGCUUCAUUGUCCAACAUCGCCCUAUAAUCGGCGUUAUAUACGCUCCGUUCCAAGACCAGCUUUUCUCCGCCUGCCCCGGCCGCGGCGCCUGGCUAAACGAGAAACGCAAGCUUCCCCUAAUCCGCAACCCAUCUAUCCCACCGAUGCCCGCCAACGCGCCCUCAUCAUGCAUUUUCUCUUGCGAAUGGGGUAAAGAUCGCCGCGACAUUCCAGACGGAAAUAUGCGUCGUAAAAUCGAAAGCUUUACGAAUAUGGCUGCGGAAAUUGGGUCGCGUGAUGGUAAAGGCGGGAUGGUGCACGGUAUGCGGAGCUUGGGUAGUGCCACGUUAGAUUUAGCAUAUACGGCUAUGGGGUCAUUUGAUAUUUGGUGGGAAGGUGGUUGUUGGGAGUGGGACGUUGCUGCUGGUAUUGCUAUUCUUCUUGAAGCGGGUGGCUUGGUCACCACGGCCAAUCCACCAGAGGACCCGGAUACCGCACCCAUCGAGGAUCUGCGUCUGGGAAGUCGCUUGUAUCUUGCCAUUAGACCUGCCGGACCCUCUGAGACCGAGACUGGCCGGGAGUCACAGGAACGUACGGUGCGUGAGGUUUGGCGGCGGGUCCGCCAUCUGUCGUAUACUCGGCCCGGUGCGUAA